GCAUUUUAAGAAUUUGCAAUUUAAUCAUCAAAAUAAUGUCUAUUUACUGUUAAAAAUAAUAUUAUAUAUCCUUUAAGUUCAAAGAGAAGUUAACUGUUUUACGUUAAGUGUUCAAAAUGCAAUAAAUAUUUUUUUAUUUAUUAUGGAUAAUUCUGAAGUGAAGAAUCAAAGUAGUGGUGCCAAGAAAAGUCCAUUUGAUGAUCUCAGCAGAGACGAACUAAUAGCAAAAUGUAAGGGCCUGCUUGUCAUAGCGCAAAAAGCAAAACAUGCUAAAGCAGAAUUACAAAAUGAAAUUGUUCAAUAUAAAACUCAGCUUGAAAAUAGUGAAAAAGAGAGAAAAACUAAAGAAGAUAAUCUACAAACAUUGCAAGAACUUGUUGAUUCCUUGACGGAACAAAAAUUGACAUUUAUUACUGAUAUUGAUGCAGCACAGAGUAAAUUAAGAGGUCUGACCGCCAAAUGUGAUCAAUAUGAGGAGGAAUUAAACAAACAAAAAGAUGAUUUAAUUUUUAAAGAACAAAACCUCGCUGUUGCUUCACAAAAACUGUCAGAUCUCGAUAGUGAGGUCAUUUCACUUAAAAGGCAAAAUAAAAGACUCUUGGAUGAAAAUGAACAACUUAUUACCCAGCUCACAGAAUUAGAAGCAAGAACUGAAGAAUUCAAUCAAAUUGGCCUUCAGCAAAGGGAUCAACUACAAAUUUUAGAGGAUAAAGUUCAACAAGAUGAUACUUAUCAAACAAAAAUUGAAGAACUGAAUCACAAAAUUCAACAACUGGAAAAAAAAUUAAAAGAACCUACUCUAGUAACGAAUGAGAAAGAGAUUCAAGACCUAGAAACCAAAAUAGGUGAAUUAACAAAUUUAUAUGAAGCUGAGAAGACUAAAAAAGAAAAAGCAAACAUUAAAUUAAGGAGUUAUAAAGAUAAAAUUCUUAAAUGUGCUAAUUGUAUCAAUCAAUUAAAGAAUUCCAGAUUUAUUUUAACAAAAACUGUAAAAGAAUAUUCAGAAAAUAUACCCAAGUGGCAAAAUGAAAUCAUUAAAGCCUCUAAAGUGCUUGAAAAUCAAAUGACUGAGUUGAAUAAUGAAAAUGUUAUUUUGAAAGAUAAACUUCAACAUAAAGAAAGAGAAUUAGAGGAUGUAUCUGCAUCUCACAGUAUUCUGACUGACCAAACAAAUCAAUUAAAAGUUGAAAUAAAUACAUUACAAAUGAAGUUAUUAGAUAUUGAACAACAAUUAUCACAAUCAAAUAAUUCUAAUGUUGAAUUGAAAGUUAUGAUUGAUGACUUAAAGUCUAAAGAUGUGGGUGAAAAAUUAAAUCAACAAAUGGAUGAAAAUAAUUUAUUGAAAGAAGAACUAAACAACUUAAAUUUACAAAUAAACUCUGUUACCAAUGAAUCAAAACAACUCGAACUUAAUAUAGAAAAAUUAACGAAAGAAAAUUCAAAAUUAAAUGAACUAUUACAAAUGAAUAAAAAUUUUGAAGAAGCCCAGCAAAAAACUGCUCUACAAUUGAAAGCUUUAGAAUCUGAAAAAGACAUUUUAGUUAAAGAAAAACAAAAUGCAAAAGAUACUGUUAUAGAUUUAGGACACCAAAAAAAAAUUUUAAAGGAUCAAAUCACUAAAAUGAAAAACGAAAUUCAGGAUUUAAAAAGACUUACAGAAAGUCAGACAACUGAAAUUAAAAAAAUUAAUGACACAUAUAAACUAGAAAAAGAUCCUAUCGUAAAUCAGCUCAAAAAUGAAACAAUUGCUUCAAAGGAUAAGUUUGACAAUUUAAAGAAAGAAUAUGAUAAUUUACUUGAUUUGAAUGGGCUAUUACAAGAAGAAGUUGAAACAUUAAAACUCUCUCUUGAACAACCAAAAGAUGAUGCAGAAAAUUUAUCAGACUUAAAUGUAUCAUUACAAGCAGAUAUUGUUAAGUUAGAGACAAAACUUUCUGCAUACAAACAAGAAAAUGCUUCACUUUUGCUCGAAGUUAAAGAAACACGUAGUAAAGUAAAAGAGUUUGAUAAUCUUGUAGCAGAAUAUGAAGAUGCAAAGUCUAAAUUAGUUGGUUACAAAACAGAAAAUGCAGAAUUGCUCCACGAAAUGAAAGAAAUAAAUCAAGUUCUCAAAGAGAGAGGAGAAGCUAUAUCAAAACUUCAAAAAGCAGUAUCAGAAAUGGAGAGGCUUAUAGAAACUUUAGAGGAAGAUAAAGAUAGUAUCAAGGAAGAAAGAGACAGUUUACUGAAAAAAAUUGAAAAAUUGGAGGGUGAUUUGAAAAAUGCAAAAGAAAAUAGUUCCAAGAAUAAUGAGGCUACAGAGACAAUAUUAAGUGAAAUGAAAGAUAAUGCAUUAAAAUCUGUAGCGGAAAAAGAUGCUAUUAUUUUAGCAUUAAAAGAAGAUUUAGAGAAAUUAAAGCAACAAGCUUCCAGUUCUGUCGAACUACCAAAUGAAGAUAUGUCUACAUCAACUAUUUCAAGAGCAGAAGAUCAUACGCGUAUGAGAGAAUUAGAUGACUCAUUCGAAGAUAAGUACACGAAGUUGAGAAUGUUUGCUUUAAAACUUAAAAAGAAACUGAAUGAAACAACAUCACAAUUACACUCAUCUGAACAGGAGAAAUCGAAAUUGAAAAAGUUAAUAUCCGAUAAUAAUUUAGAUAGUGAACAAUAUCAGAAGGACGAAGAUGUAGUAGAUGGUCCUAAAAUUAGCGAAGUUGAGUCGCAAAAAUCUAAUAAUAUUGCCUUGGAAACUAAAGUGAAGAAUUUAACUGCAGAUUUAGAGGCAUCUGGCAAAAUAAUUGUAAAACUGAAGGAAUUAGAAGCUGAAUUAUUGAUGAAGAAUCAACAAUUAUCUUCUGAAACUGAGGCUCACAAAAUUACAAAAGGUCAGCUAGAAAAAGCUAUAAAAGAUGUGAAGAAGAAGAAUGUCCUAAGUCUCGAGAUGGAGGACUAUGAAAGAUCGAUGAAAGAACUUACUACUAAAAUGGAGGAAAAUAAGAAAAAAAUAAUACAAAUGGAAUCGACGAUUGAUAUGCAGGAAGGAACAAUAACAGCAAUGAAAACUCAGAUAAAAUUACUAGAAGAACAGAUAAAAUCAGAAGAAACGCAAAGUAGGCUUCUGAAGGAAGAGUUACAACAAGCAAUUGAAGACAGUAAAGAAAAAGAUAAUGUAGUGAACCAAAAGAAAGACAUCAUAACAAAACUAAUGCAAGAUCUAGAGGAUGAAAAGAGAAAAAAUGAGGAAGCAGACUUAGAAAUGACAGCUUUAUUAAGCGAAAAAGAAAAAAUAAUUAUGAACUUUGGCGACGAAAAGGCAGAGAUGAAUAAUAAAAUGAAAAAAUUAGAAUUAAAAUGUGCAGAACUUAAUGAAAAGUUAAGGAUAACAAACAUAGAACUAGCAGAUUUGAAAACGGAAUAUACUAGUUAUAAGGUGAGGGCUCAAGCAGUUUUACGACAAAAUCAAACAGUCGACAAAAGUCAAGAGGAGCAAUUAAAAGAAGAUGCCGCUGCUCUGAAAAUUCAAGUCGAAACGCUAACUCAGAGGCUCACGUUAAUGGAGGAACAACUGUCGGAAGUGACAACGGAGGCGGAGAGCAGCCGCAAGCGGCUGGCGGAGGCGAGUGCGGAGACGGCGCGCGCGCAGCAGCGCACGGCGCGCCUGCAGGCCGACCUCGCGCGCCUCUCGCACCAACUAGAUGCGGAGAGGUCGCAGCACAAGAUUCAGAUUUCUACAUUAACGCAAUGUUACAAGUCACAAAUUAGUGAGCUUGAAGCAAAAUUGCAAAGGGAGACCGAUAAUUUAAAGAAACAGCUUACGCAUUUACAAGAUGUCAUGAAGGCCGGGAAAGCUGAUGAAGAAAAUAAUCGUGCUAAAUACUUGAUCCCCGUGAUCCCUAAAGAGGAAGGAAGUGACAGCGAACUUGACAUCAACGUAUCUCUCAUACCUAGAGAGGAAGGAGAGGGCUCUGAAGCUGCGCCAUCUCCUCCGUUGUCGAAGUCAUUCCUUACAAGUGGAAACAGAAGGUCACCCGUGCCUUUAGAGAGACUUCUAGAGGAAGGCGUGCCUGACAAUGACACCCUCGAUACCUCAUCUCUCUCUCUCACUUCUGAACAAGAAAUAACAGAGCUAAGGAGGAAAGUUCAAGCGCAACAGCAAAGAGUGAAGCACGUGACGGUGCUGCUGUCGGAGUCGGAGCGCGAGUGCGCGCGCCUGGGCCAGCUCAGCGAGCUGCUGAAGGGCGAGCUGCGCCGCGUGCGCGCGUCCGCCGGCAACGCGCACAACACCGAGUACGUGAAGAACGUUACGCUCAAGUUUCUGACGCUGCCACCGGGAGAUGAACGCAGUCGAUUAGUACCAGUUCUGCAAAAGAUUCUAACUCUGUCUUCAGACGAGACGCAUAAAGUACAAGCAAUCGCUAAAGGUCAUGAUCCGAAUCCGGGUAAGGGAUGGGGCAGUUACCUGCCAUGGCCAGGAGGAAAAUAAAAUAUUUUUCUGAAAAUUCAAGUUUUAAGAAAUGUCUGUGAUUAAAACUAUAUAAUGAUAACAUUUUGAUAUCAGUCCUUUGUGACAUUACAAUGAAACGUUGUUAAUAAACCAACAGUUCAGCAUGUAUUCAUAUUGAAACCAUUUAUAAAAUACUUAAUAAGUUAGUAAAAAGGGAUCUUCAUUUACUUAAAACAUUUAUACCCUUAUCUUUUGUUAAAAUAUUAAUAUAGAUUAUAUAAAAUAUGCAAAUUUAAUUAUUUUUCAACAAGUAAUAGGUUAAACUUUUUAUAGAUAAAUGCGAUUUUGAUUUUUUUUAAGUAUGAAAUUCAUUACAUUGAAAUUAAAAUUGUAUAUACGUGUAUUGAUGUUAUUUCACUACAGUAUUACAUUUAUAACAUUCCAUCGCAUUUAUUUAUAAAUAAUUUUAUAUUAUUGUUUUGUUAGUUAAAAUAUUUUUUAUUAAGAUAUUCAAAUAUUAAGCUUGCAUAUAAAACAUUUUCGAAAUAAGCUUUUAUUUAUUGUCAUCUACACCAAAAGUGUAAGCAAAAUAUCAGAUCAAUUAACAGUAUUUGACCCAAAUAUACUAACAGGUUAAUAAAAUCUUGUAAAAAUAUCUUGAACUCAUAACUGUAGUUAUACAAUAAAUGCUCUUUGUAAGCAUAGAAGGAAAAUGACAUCAAACAUCGCGUCACAGUUUUAAUGUUUUAUAUGACCGAAAAACAAAAAACAAAUAAAACGGAUUUCUACUACGUCACAGUAACCAGUGUGCCUACAGAACAGCAAAUAGUCGUAAAGGUAUGGCAAUUGUUAGGAGAUUAUUGUAUGAUAAAUUAUAACUUCAUUUAACUCAUAUAGAUGUGUCGAAAUUAUUAGAUGAGUUAUUGUACUUACUAUUAAUAAUGAAAUAUGUUUGGACGUAGAAGUAUAAUUGUAGCCUACAUAACGCCGACCGCCGCGGUGCACGUUCUAUAAAUAUUAUGACGGUUUUUCAAUGAUUUUACGAUAAAUAUAAUUGAUUAUUUCAAUCAAUCAAAAAAUACAGAGCGAUUCAAAUUUGAUUCAAUUUCUUAAAGAUUAUAAUUAUUUUUAGAAUAAUAAAAUAUGAUAAUUAUUUUAU